UUCUAUUCUUGUCUAUGAGGAAAGAAAUUAUUAGUCCAACUUUAGUCUUAAUUUCCCUAAUUAAGAGGUCCAAGAACAUAUCCAUUUCUAAUUACUCAAUUCAUUGCCCUUAUUUGCAUCCUUGAAUAAUCAGUCUUUAUACAUUAAUCUUUAAAUUGCACCUUGCUCCUAGUUAUAAUUUAGCAUAAUAAAGAACAAAAACACUUUCCUAUAUUGAAAAGGCUUCCAACGAUUAGCGAUAGCCCGUGACUAAAAUUAAAUUAAGAAACUUCUCCGCCAUUCCUCAAGAGACACGACACUCGGGGAAAAACCGAAAGGUUAGACUCCGUUUUACUACAACGCCGCGAAAGCGGUUAUCAAAUGGCGCCGUUGCCGGGGAAUGGCACGAUUAUUUCUUGAUUUAAUUCUAGCAUAGGUGAAUUCUAGUUAGGGAGACUUUUUCGCCCUUGCGACAAUUUGUAUAAAGAUUUCAGGAUAAAUGAAUGCACACCCGCUCUAAAGGAGUGGAAGGUCUAAUUGAACUUGAUCCUGAACCUGAACGAACUUUGUGGAAAAAUCUUUCAAUCCACAAGAAACCAAGCAUGGCGGGAGAAAAGACGGUGUUGCAAAAUCUUACGCCGAACUUCAUCGAGGAUGAUAGUAUCAGCGCACCGGCAAUCGAGGCAGCCAAUUUCGAAAUCAAACCCGCCAUUGUCAACAUGAUGUCCAAUCAUCAAUUUGGCGGGUCCAAGCAAGACGACCCUAGGGCCCACAUGUUGUGGUUCACCCGAGCAUGCCAAACGUUCCGCUUUAACGGAGUGACCCCCGACGCCGCAAAGUUGACCUUAUUUCCCUUCUCAUUACGGGAUAGGGCAUCUUUGUGGCUGAAUAGCUUUCCAACGGGUCACUUCACAACAUGGGCGGCACUGCACCAAGCAUUCAUGCAAGAAUACUUUCCUCCAUCGGCAGUUGCUAAAAUUAAAACAGCAAUCCAAAACUUUAGGCAAUUCCCGAUGGAGUCCUUAAGUGAAGCAUGGGAUCGUUUCAAGGAUAUGAGAAACAAAUGUCCACUCACACUGAUGGAUUCUAGUAGCUUGAUGUUCCAUUUUUACAAUGGACUUCAAGUUAGUAGCAAAAAAGAACUUGAUUUCUCUUCUCAGGUGGGAUCAUUCCUUGACAUGGCACCCAACACCAACGAAGCUCUGGUGGAGAAGGUCACUUCAAAUGCAAGAUACUGGUAUGACGAAAGAACUCCAGCAGCAACAAAACCAGGCUAUCUUGAAGUUGACCAACUCACGGCCUUAACAGCAAAGAUUGAAGGGUUGGUCGUGGAAGUAAAGAAUCUGAAGAAUGAAAACAAUCACACCAACCAAGUCAACAACAUCGGUGCUAUCCCGAAUCAACAAUCAUCCCGAUACUUCGGGAACUCAAGCUCUGCUCCACAGUCAUCUCAAUUUAAUACUUUUUCACCUGUUUCUCAUUCAACUGAACUUGUACUCUCAUGUGAGAUAUGUUUUGGUCCACAUUUGACCAACUCGUGUCAAUUAGUCGAUGAAUGUAAUGUAAACAACAACAGGGAAGUGAACAUGCUGGAGUACGGCCGAACAAAACAAGAAGGGCCAUGGGCGAAUCAGGGCAACAGGGGGGGUAACUCCAACUACCCUCCUCAGAAUUUCCAAGGAAGGAAUUACCAAGGUAACCAAUGGCGGGGGGAUUACAACAAUGGUCCUCCUCGUGGCGGUUAUCAAGGUAAUCAAAACUACCCCAACAAUAAUCAAGGGAACAACUUCCAGAGUCGGAACCAGGGAGGUGCACCAGCCCAACAGAACAACCAAGCUUAUGUGCCUCCACACCAACGACAAACGGAGGCUGCCCAGCCAUCAGAGAUAGGCUUGUUGGUAGCAGAACUGGCAAGGACACGGGAGGAAAUAACAAGAUACAAGGCCAGCACUGACAAUCAGAUCAAAAAUCUGAUGAUGCAAAUUAAUCAGAACAAUGUUCCUGGUCGUCAGCCAGGCAACUUGCCUAGCACCACGGAACCAAACCCCCGUGAACAUGUGCAAGCCAUCACUCUUUGAAGCGGGAGACAAACAACCGUGGCUGAGCAGAAAGACAAGGAAGAGGAAGGUACCCCGACCAUGGAACCUGAGAAACAAACUGAUGCUCCAACUGAGAAGAGCAUGGAACCAACACGCCCUAACACAAGGGUCACUAUCGUCAAACCUUCUCUCCCGUUUCCUUCACGGGUUAGAAAUGAUGACGAUAGCAGGAAGUACAACAAAUUCCUGGACCUACUCAAACAACUCCACGUCAACCUGCCGCUGAUGGAUGCCUUAGCGGAGAUGCCCAAAUAUGCCAAGUUUUUCAAAGACUUGCUGACAAACAAAAGGCAGCUGCAGGAGCUCUCAGUCGUGGACUUGAACGCAGAAUGCUCGGCCGUGGUUCUGAGGUCAAUACCCGAAAAGCUAAAGGAUCCAGGUAGUUUCACUAUCCCUUGCUCUAUAGACAAUUUCAACUUCAAUAAUGCUCUAGCUGACUUAGGGGCAAGUAUCAAUCUGAUGCCUUCCUCUAUAGUCGAGAAGCUAGGACUUGGGGAAAUGAAACCCACCAGGAUGUGUCUUCAACUGGCUGAUCGCUCAGUCAAAUAUCCGAAGGGAAUUGUUGAAGACGUCCUGGUCAAGGUUGACAAAUUCAUUUUCCCAGUCGACUUUGUAGUAAUGGACAUGGAAGAGGAUAGGGAAACACCUCUUAUUCUGGGAAGGCCCUUUCUGGCUACCGCCAGGGCCUUGAUUGAUGUCACUGAUGGCUCAUUAACUCUAAGAGUCGGAGAUGAUCUAUGCACCUUCCGACUCUCAGAUGUUAUGAAACACCCCACAGAUUCCUUUCAAGGAUGUCAUUUUCUUGAUACCUUUGAGUCUAUUGAAGGGUAUCUGUUUGGGGAAGAAAAUGGACAUGUAGCUGAUGAAGCAUGUCUGUUAAAAGAAGCCAACAGUGAUGUGAGUGAUGCAUGCGAGAGCUGUGAGGAUGCGCUGAUUGAUCAAGCUUCUAACGAAGUAUUGAUUAAGUUUGAGGGGGAGAAAAAUGAACAAAACUUGAAAAACGACCACCCCCUCGAACUAAAGAAACUGCCCGACCACUUAGAAUAUGCAUUCUUGGAUGACGAAGGCAAAUGCCCUGUCGUCAUCGCCGCACACUUAAGUGAGGAACAAAGGGAGAAAUUACUUGGAGUCCUUAAGACACACAAACAAGCAAUUGCUUGGAAACUUGAGGACAUCAAUGGAAUUAGCCCCACCUUUUGUACCCACACCAUCAAAAUUGAGGAAGGGUUUAAACCAGUUGUCCAACCACAACGACGUUUAAACCCAAACAUGAUGGAAGUAGUGCGUGCUGAGAUUGUCAAACUGCUGGAUGCGGGUAUCAUUUACCCCAUCUCUGAUAGCCAGUGGGUAAGCCCUAUUCAUGUUGUCCCCAAAAAGGGGGGAAUGACCGUCAUGAAAAAUGAAAAGGGCGAACUUUUACCCAGUCGAACUGUUACCGGGUGGCGAAUGGUAAUCGAUUACCGCAAACUGAACGAAGCCACCCGGAAAGACCAUUUUCCCCUUCCCUUCAUCGAUCAAUUAAUAGAGAGGUUGGCAGGCCAUAGUCACUACUGUUUCCUGGAUGGCAUGAGUGGAUACUUCCAAAUCCAUGUCAACCCGGAAGACCAAGACAAAACUACGUUUACAUGCCCUUUUGGGACCUUUGCUUUUCGUAGGAUGUCUUUCGGUCUCUGUAAUGCUCCUGCCACCUUCAUGAGGUGCAUGAUUGCCAUUUUUGAAAAAUACAUUGGCCACUUCAUGGAGGUAUUCAUGGAUGACUUCUCUAUUUUUGGGGAAACGUUUGAAAAAUGCCUCGAAAACCUGGAAAAAGUACUUAUCCGCUGCAAGGAAACCCAUUUAGCCCUAAGUUGGGAGAAAUGUCACUUCCUUGUGAAAGAGGGUAUAGUACUUGGACAUAAAGUGUCAAGUAACGGGGUAGAGGUGGACCGUGCAAAAAUUGAGACAAUAGAGAAACUUCCUCCACCAACCACGGUAAAAGCCAUCCGCAGCUUCUUAGGACACGCGGGCUUUUAUCGUCGUUUUAUAAAGGAUUUCUCUAAAAUCGCAAAACCUCUCACCCGGUUACUUGAAAAAGAUGCGGUUUUUAUAUUCUCUGAUGAAUGUCACCAUGCUUUCCAAGCACUUAAAACACAACUGAUCAAUGCUCCUGUGCUUGUGGCCCCGGAUUGGAGUUUACCCUUUGAACUCAUGUGUGACGCUAGUGACUUAGUAGUGGGGGCCAUUCUUGGUCAAAGGAAGGACAAGAACUUCCACCCAAUCUACUACGCUAGCAAAACUCUGUCAGGGCCACAACUCAACUACACUACCACUGAAAAAGAAUUUCUUGCUAUUGUUUGUGCUUUAGAGAAGUUUAGGACUUACAUCAUUCUUUCGAAGGUUAUUAUCUAUACCGACCAUUCGGCCAUUAGAUAUCUCCUCCAAAAGCAUGAUGCUAAGCCUAGACUGUUACGCUGGGUUCUUUUGUUGCAGGAAUUUGAUAUUGAAAUCAGGGACCGAAAGGGAUCUGCUAAUCAGGCAGCUGACCACCUCUCGAGGUUAGAUGCCGAGUUAGCAGAAACUUUCGGAAAAUGCGAAAUUGAGGAGCUUUUUCCUGCUGAGAGAUUGAUGGCGAUUUCCGCCAAGGAGCAAACACCGUGGUAUGCUGACAUUGCCAACUACCUUGUUGGUAAAGUCGAGCCUACCGAACUGACAAGGCACAUGAAAAGGCGGUUCCUAUCAGAAGCAAAGCACUAUUUUUGGGAUGAUCCAUAUCUAUUCCGAAUUUGUGCUGACCAGGUGGUGAGAAGAUGUGUUACUGAAGCUGAGGCAAAGGACAUUCUGGAGCAUUGUCACAGCGGUCCUACUGGGGGCCACUUUUCAGGGAAUAGAACCGCAAGGCGGGUUUUGGACUGUGGGUACUUCUGGCCCACGAUUUUUAAAGAUGCUAAUGAAUUUGUUUCCUCUUGUGAUAACUGUCAACGAAUCGGGAACAUUUCUGGGCGCAAUGAGAUGCCCCAACACUUUAUCUUACCUUGUGAGGUAUUUGAUGUUUGGGGCAUCGACUUUGUUGGACCUUUCCCAAGCUCAAGAGGAAACAAAUACAUUCUUGUGGCCAUUGAUUAUGUUUCCAAGUGGGUUGAAGCCCAAGCCUGCGUCACCAACGACUCUCGAGUAGUCGUAAAUUUUCUGAAAAAGCUCUUUACCAGAUUUGGUGUGCCUAGGGUUUUGAUCAGCGAUAGAGGGACUCAUUUCCACAAUGAUCCAAUGGCCAGAAUUUUGGCCAAAUAUGGAGUCCAACAUCGAAGCGGAGUAGCGUACCACCCCCAGACUCAGGGACAAGUGGAGAACGCUAACAGGGAUUUGAAGUCCAUUCUGGAGAAAACUGUUGCCCAGACCAGGAAAGACUGGUCAACUAAACUUGACGACGCUCUUUGGGCAUUUCGGACUGCUUACAAGACCCCAAUCGGAACAACACCUUUUCGCCUUGUAUACGGGAAGUCUUGCCACUUACCCGUCGAACUCGAGCAUAAAGCACUUUGGGCGAUGAAAAAUGUUUGUUUUAAACUGGAUGCUGCAGGGAAGGAACGAUUUUACCAGCUGAAUGAACUGGAAGAAUGGAGAGCGCAAGCUUUUCAUAAUUCCAAACUUUACAAGGAACGAGCCAAACUCUACCAUGAUCAACACAUCAAAGCUCGUGAUUUCAAUGCUGGAGAUAAAGUGCUGUUGUUCAACUCCCGGUUGAAGCUUUUUCCAGGAAAGCUUAAAUCAAGAUGGUCCGGACCGUUCAAGGUCAUAAAAGCUUACCCCUACGGAACUGUUGAGAUUGAAGAUGCUAAUGGGGCUCCCUUUAAAGUCAACGGCCACCAACUUAAACUCUACCAUGGCGGCCCGAUUGAAAAAAGCAAGGAGAUUCUCUAUCUCCAAAAAUUUUGAACCAAGGGAGGACAUUCGUCAAGCUAGUGACGUUAAAGAAGCGCUCAUUGGGAGGCAACCCAACCAAAAAAAAAAAAAAAAAAAAAAAAAAAAAAAAACUAACCCAAAAAUAUUUUACUUUGUUUAUUUCUUGCAGAUGUAUGGAGGAGAUGACGACCCCAUCUUUGAGGAUGCACCACUAGGAAGGGAAGAUCCGCCGCCUCAGCCCGAUAUCCCCUUUGCCACUAUCGCAGACCGCAGACGCUUUCAGGUAUGGGGACAGUACCGCACUCUCCUGGCUCCCAUGAUCUUAGACCAGGAGAUGCUCGAGGAGUGGGGAUACUGGAGUGAUAUUGAUGCUCUGCUGGGAGACUCUUUGUGGCGGAGGAUUCUACUCAUACAGGAGAGUGCCAGUCUCCCGUUGACGAUAGAGUUCUUGUGCUCUCUACAGUUCACUCACUAUGGCCAGACUGUGCAGGAGAGUUCUGUCAUUGGGUCGGAGACUCAGAUGAGAUUCACUAUUAGGGGCAUUGAGCACUCCAUCUCUGUGGCUGAGCUCGGAUGGAGGAUGGGGCUCUAUGCUCCGGCUUACACCCAGACGGAUGAGUUCCGUGCUCUCUCGACCCGUCUACCCGAGGCUUUUGACGUUGAGGAGUUCUGGCGCCGACACUCCACAGACACCAGGUCGUUUCUCCGGCAGCAUCCCCAUUCGAACAAAUGGAGAGAGACUCACUGGUAUAUACUCUCAUUUGUACUCUCCUGUGGUCUUUUUGGGCGACCUCAUAACACAAACAGGGUGUCCAAAAAGGACAUUUUAUUCUUUUGGAGUCUGAUUCACCGUACCCCGGUGAAUAUGGCGGUCCUUAUGGCUCGUUUCUUCCGGAGCCAGGGGAAGACUGUCCGCCGCACUAUCCAGGCAGGGCCUUUCAUCACUACUCUCGUUAGAUCAUUCUACCCAGAUCUAGACAUUCCGGGGCUACUGCACUUACAGGAUAGCAUCCGCGUUCUUCGAUCCUCAUCCUUUACCAACAUGAGGAUCAAGAAGAAGCGGAAUACUCAGGAGCUCCCAGGUAUUGAGCAGCCGACCCGGCAGGGUAGUUCUUCUCGACCCUCAGGACAUGAGGGAUCUAGCGAGCCCUUUUCAGACAUGCCUAGCGCCGCAGAUUGGAGAGCGAUGAUGGAGGGGAUGCGGAGUCUCCAGACUUCAGUUGUUGAGAUACGAGAUGCACAGGAGAGAGGAUUCCAGGAGAUGCGAGAUGCGCAUGCGACGGCCCUAGGAGAGUUCAGAGACUUUCGAUUAGCUCAGGAGAGAGCCACCCGGGAUAUGCAGGAGGAGUUAGAGACCCAGAGGCUAGAUAUUGAUGAGAUGAGAGACUGGCUUAGGCCACACUAUGGCCCUCGGGAUUACGCAGGCGAUGCUUAGUUUUGCUUCUUCCUUGACAUUUUUUUAUUGUGUUUGUUUGUUUCUUCAGGUUGGACAUUGCGCUGCUCUUUUGACUUGAAUGCUCUUACAAACUGACUAUGGAUGAUGUAAGGAUUUUAAAAAACCAUUUUACUCCUGUUUCAUUAUUCCUCUUCACAAAAUCUUUUCAAAACUCAAGUGUGAGGAAAGAACCAAAAAAAAAAAUGUGCCUUUAUUUCCCAAUUUUGUGCCUCAAAAGAAGACCUCGAGGGCGAGGUCCAGCUCAAGUGUGAGGAGGUUGCGUUUUACACUCAAAAGCUAAAACCUUAUUUUAGAACAAUCUUUUUACUAUUUUUGACAUGAAACAUUAAUUUCUCAAUUUGUUAUCAAUCUCAUAAAUAGCUUAGAUAAUCACCCUUAUUAUAAGAAUUUACUUUUAUUAUUAUUUAGAAAACUUGAAUUUGUUAUGGGUUUUUGGUUGUGAAUGUAAAGGGCUGAAUUUGUUUUAAUUGGACAUUCAUUUUAUUCAUUAAAACAAAAAUGUUAGUAUUAAUAAAACUCCAAAACUCAUUGUUAUAGGACAAUUCCAUCUCCGAAAAGGGGCUCUGUUUCAUUCGUUAAUCACAGUCUGUGAGAAUGAAAUAUGCAUUUACCAUGGGAUAACACCGCCAACAAGAGUGAAAAAGAGCAAAAAAAAAAAAAAAAUGGUGAACAAGAUGAAUGUCCCAAUUAGAAUAAUGAAAACCUUGGGAUAAGGAAUUGAUUGGUGGUUUAACAUAAUAAAUAGUUUUUCUUAAGUAAUACUAAUUUUAAACUCUUGUAUUUUGGGUGAUUUUUCUAAAAUGUUUAAAGAUUGAGAAUAAAAAGAAGAGGUUUUUGUUUCUACUUCUUUAAAAUAGCAAUUAGAUUGUAAUGCAGUUAGACUUUACCUUUUGAGUGUGUUUACAACUAAUUCGUCGCUUGAGGACAAGCAACGCUUAAGUGUGAGGAGAUUGAUAAGUCCAUUUUUGUACUUAUUUUUCUUAUCAAAUUUAAGCGAUUUUUGAAUAAAAAUAGAAAGAAAAGGCAUGUUUUAGAUAUUUUGGUUCAAGUUUCAUGAAAUCAGGUGAAAAUCACAUUCAUAAUAUGUUUGCCGGGAUUUCGGGUCAAUUGAGCACAAAAUGAGUCAAUUUGAGUAACAAAUGAAGUCAUACCGGAAGAAGUAAGCAUUUUAUCAAGGUGAUCCAGAAGGCAAUCUUGGAGAGCAAGAAACGCGGGAUUUAUCAGACGAAUUUGGCGGAGGGCGCCCAAAUAGGCGCCCAAUAUGGCCGCCUGGCUGGCCGCCUACGGUAUAUCAAAGUCAACGCUCCAGUUUGACCCGAACCUGUAGAAGACAGAAAGCGGCCGACGGAGGAAGGAAGGCGGCCGCCCUUCGUGGCCGCCUGCGGCACAACGGGACAAGGCCAACCACCGGCCGGUGCGACUUGACGGCAGGCGGCCAGACAGGAACGGCAGGCGGCCGCCGUCUGGACCGCCUGCGGCUGACGUUGACGGGCUCACGUCGACCUGCCGGUGAAGACAACGGAAGGCGGCCAAUUUUGGUGGAAGGCGGCCGCCCUCUAUGGCCGCCUACGGCUGACGGAGACCAGCCCACGUGUCGUUGCCGGCGAGUUGACGGCAGGCGGCCAGUUGCUGCCGGAAGGCGGCCGCCUGCCCGGGCGCCUUCGGGGAAAUUUUUCCUAUAAAUUGCCCGAUUUUUCCUCAACUCAAACACACCUCUUCCAACCCUAAAUCAGUUCAAAACACCUUCUUUCUUCCUCCAUUUUCGAGCUCCAAAGGUUUUAGAGAGAGAGAAACUUCAAAUCUUCAUAUCUUCUUCAUUUUAGCUCCAAAUUGUAAGUUCUUUAUAUGUAUUUUCAUCUUCUCAAUGUGUAGAAUCUGAAUCUGUGCUUUGUUUCUUCGAUCUGUUCUUCGAAAAUUUCCAGAUUAUUUUUCAAGUAUUUCGCAUUUCCUUCCAAAAAUUAAAUAAAAUAGUUAUUGUUGUUGAAUUCAUUCCAAUUAAUUAUAUAGUUGUUCACUAGCCUCAAGGUAGUUAUUUAUCUGAAGAAAUUAAUUUUUCACGAACCAGAAGUAAUUUUUAAUUAAUUUUGAUGAUUAUUUGAUAUUAGUUCAUAAUUUAGAUUAAAUACUAGAAAAGAAAGAAAAAAAUGAGUUCGGCCCUAUUUACAGUUUAGUUAACUUAAAUAUCAUUACUAGUAGUUAAUAUAAAAUUUGGUACGAAUUUAGAGUAUUUUGUAUUAAUUUUCGGUAAUUGCCUUAUAUUAUUGCUUAAAUCAAAAUAAAUACUAAAAAAGGAAAAAAAAUUAGUUCGGACCUGAUUACAGUUUAUUCACAGUUAUAUACCUCCCAGUAGCUAAAAAUAAAAUUUAUAACGAAGUUAGCAUAUUUUUAGUUGCUUUUUGCAUUUUCUAGUUAAAAUUGGGAAAGUUAUCAAUUAGUUGUUAAAAUUGGAUUUUAGUUUCAAAAAUUCGUAAAAAAAUUACAGAAAGUUGUAUUUUAGUUCCUACAAGUUUAUUGUUCCAGAAUAUAAUUUUUGUUUAAUUUUUGCUAUCAUACAUGUUUAAUUCCUUGUUAAUGUUGAAUUUAAUUAUUAUAUCGUUAAUUGUAAAAAUGAUAAUGAGUAGCUAAAUUUGUUAGGGCAUGAAUUGAGUAAAGGAAUAUGGAUUGACUUGUUGACCUAAAAUUAGGGGGUAAAAUUAAUAAAUUGGAC